UGUCAUGGCGGAGUAGUGCGCCCAUUUUAGGACGUGACACAACUGGUGACGUAACCCAAAGUGAACAUUACUUACCAAACUUCUGUAGUACGCGUCUGGGACAAAUACUCAACAGAAUACUGUAACUAAUAAACUCGUCGAGGAGAAAACGUGCAAUAUGGCUCUGAGAAGUGUCACUCGUCUACUGUCUAGCGCCCCAAAAUGUUCAGCUUUCACUGCGUGCCGAGCCCAGAGUACAGCUCCUGCUUCCACCCGCAAAAUUAAGGAUGCUGAAGAAGUCAAAAAGGCUGCCAAGGGAUCCAAGGUGCCAUUCAACUGGCGAGACGCUCUGGACUUGGAGGGUCAGCUGACAGAGGAGGAGGUGAUGAUCCGGGACUCCUUCCGUGACUACUGCCAGGAAAAACUCAUGCCCCGCAUCGUCAUGGCCAACAGACACGAGCAUUUCCACCGUGAGAUUGUCUCGGAGAUGGGAGAGUUGGGCGUCCUAGGCCCCACGAUCAAAGGUUACGGCUGUGCGGGAACAAGUUAUGUGGCAUAUGGCUUGAUUGCCAGAGAGGUGGAAAGAGUGGACAGUGGCUAUCGCUCAGUCAUGAGCGUACAGUCUUCACUGGUCAUGCAUCCCAUUAAUGCUUAUGGCACAGAGGCUCAGAAGGAGAAAUACCUACCCAGGCUUGCUUGCGGAGAAAUCCUGGGCUGUUUUGGCUUGACAGAACCCAACCAUGGCAGUGAUCCCAGCAGUAUGGAGACCAAGGCUAUGUACAACCCAUCCAGUGGUACCUUCACUGUCAGUGGAGCCAAAACAUGGAUCACCAAUUCCCCUGUAGCAGACAUCGCAGUGGUCUGGGCCAGGUGUGAAGAUGGAAAGGUACGUGGCUUCAUCCUAGAGCGUGGAAUGAAGGGUUUCGCUACACCGAAGAUAGAGGGCAAGUUCUCACUGAGGGCCUCCGCCACUGGCAUGAUCCUGAUGGACGAAGUAGAAGUUCCUCAAGAGAACCUGCUUCCAAAUGUCUCUGGUCUGGCUGGCCCCUUUGGCUGCCUCAACAAUGCUCGGUAUGGCAUCGCCUGGGGAGCUCUGGGAGCAGCGGAAUUCUGUUUCCACGCUGCUAGACAGUACACUCUGGACAGAAUACAAUUUGGAGUGCCACUGGCGAGGAAUCAACUUAUGCAGAAGAAGAUGGCUGACAUGUUGACAGAGAUUACCAUUGGGCUACAGUCGUGUUUGUCCCUGGGAAGACUUAUUGAUGAGAAGAAAGCAGCUCCAGAAAUGAUUUCCAUGCUGAAGAGGAAUAGCUGUGGCAAAGCUUUAGAUAUAGCAAGACAAGCCAGAGACAUGCUGGGAGGGAAUGGAAUCGCAGAUGAAUACCACAUCAUCCGCCACGUCAUGAACCUUGAGGCUGUUAACACGUAUGAAGGAACCCAUGAUAUCCACGCCUUGAUCCUGGGCAGAGCUAUUACUGGACUUCAAUCUUUUACAGUUGAAAAGUAGUUUUGAGAGGUUGAAUGAGAAUAUUUACAAGGGAAUAUUAGAUGUAGAAACUGGAGCACUUUAUUAUCAUCUUUGCAGGUGUUUUAGUUUGUGGAUUAUAUUAUGAAUACAGGGUGUCCCAAAAGUGACAACACACUUUUUUGGGGGGUGGGGGGGUUCUUUUUCAUUUCAGGUAUCAUUCGAACAGACAUGAGGCCGUCAGCAUUUGACAGCUUCGGCUUUGCCAUUUUUGUAAGCAUAGUACCAAGUGACACUGGAGCAGCGUUGCUAAACAGAUGCUGUUUAGAGAAACGUGCCAUGUAUAGCAUACAUUGUACAAUGUGUUGGAGCAGUGUGACACCAUGAAGCUUAAACUGGCUCUGAAGUGAAGGUGGAGAUGGGAAAAACUUAAUGGUGGGCAGCACUUUUCCAACACGGCUCCAAUAUCAAAUGCCCAGCCAUGGGCAAUGGAAUGAAUGACAUGCUUGCAAAAACUGCAAAGCCUAAGCUGCCAAAUGCUGAUGGUCUCCUGUCUGUUGGAAUGAUACCAAAAACAAAAUGGGAUAAAGGAAGAAUAUGGUAAUUUUUGGGACACGCUGUAUUCACGUUCAUUUGUUUCUGCUAUGCAAUACACAACCGCAUUGGGUUCAAGUUAGGUACUUUAUAAAGUAUUUUCCAGUUAUAAUGCCAGAACACAAAUACUGUAGUUUAUUUGGGGGGGGGGGGGGGGUUGCAUGUUGUUUUCAUUAUAAAUUAAGAGUUGCGUUUUAUUUUGUCAUGUUUUAAUACAACUUUAAAUGAUGCAAAAUGAGGAUGGCUGAGAUGUUCUUGUGAAAAGCACCAAUAAAACUGCUAUCCUACA